AUGGCGUUAGGCGGCAGUUUAUUGGAAUUUGACUUUCAAUAAUAUUUCCAAUCGUUUGAUAAAUAUUUCGAAAUUAUCUAUUUUUCCUAUAAUCAUUAUAAUGCAUCCAAUAAAGAACAAGAGUACCUAUCAAAAAUUAAUGCUACAAAUAGCUAGCUUUCUGCCACAAAAAUUGCGUCCUGUCUUUUUACAUCCUACAGGACCUACCACGGUAUUUUUUUGGGGACCAACUUUUAAGUGGUGUUUAGUAAUUGCAGGAAUAGGAGAUAUUAAUAGACCUCCAAAUACGAUUUCUUUGUAUCAAACUGCAAGUCUUAUGCUCACAGGUGCUAUAUGGUCCAGAUAUUCAUUGGUAAUUAUCCCAAAGAACUAUAACCUAUUAAGUGUAAACGCGUUUACCAGCAUGACCGGAAUGUAUAAUUUUAUACGAGGACUUUUGUAUCAAUUGAAGCAUAGAGCCGAAUAA